CACCGCGCCUUGCCAUGCACAGUCACAUCGUAAGCAAGCAGCUACUAGGGCCUCAACAAGCAAACCUUGAUUGUUGAUUCGACAUGGCGAAGUCGCCCAUGGCGAUCCUGGCUCUCGGGCUAGCAGCAGUAGUCCUAUCUGGCGCCGGACUGGCGGGCGGCGAUCCCGUGGAGAGCGUCGUCACCGACGCGUUCUUCGACGGGAUCAAGUCCCGGGCCGCCGCCGACGGGUGCCCCGGCAAGAGCUUUUACACGCGCCAGUUUUUCCUGGACGGCGCCCAGGCGAACCCCGACUUCGGGGAAGGCGGCACCAGCGACGACGGCAAGAGGGAGAUAGCCGCCUUCUUCGCCCAUUUCACCCACGAGACUGGAUACAUGUGCUACAUCGAGGAGAAGGACGGGGCGAGCCAGAACUACUGCGACACGAAUUACCCGCUGUGGCCGUGUACCUCGGGGAGGGCGUACUACGGGCGCGGGCCGCUGCAGCUGACGUGGAACUACAACUACGGGGCGGCGGGGCAGAAGCUCGGCUUCAACGGGCUCGACAACCCGGAGAAGGUGGCGCAGGACCCGGCGUUGACGUUCCAGGCGGCGUUCUGGUUCUGGAUGACCAACGUGCAUCAGGUCGUGCCGCAGGGGUUCGGCGAGACCACCAGGAAAAUCAACAGUGGCGAGUGCAACGGCGGGAACGCGCCGGCGAUGAACGCGCGGGCGAACUACUACGUGGAGUACUGCAAGCAGUUCGGGGUCGACCCGGGGAACAACCUCACUUGCUAGAUUCUUGAUCGACGCGCAAAAACAUUUUUUCAGACGAUGCUCCUACUUACAGCUCUGCCUCCCUGUGUAUUCUGGGAUCAUCUAUAUAUUCUGUAUAUGUAAUUUGGAUUCCUGUAUUCAUAUAUCGGUAAUAUAAAUAAACGUAAUAAAUAAACAUUUCUUGACAGCAUCCAAAUGCUGCCAAUGUUUCA